AUGGCGGAAAAUGUGAAAAAUUUCCGAUUGUCGUCUGCAGUUUAUUUCAAACGUUUUCAGUCAAAUUUGGGUAAAAAUAAAUAAACUAUGCAUCCUGCAAAGACAUAUUUAUCAGACGAUGCCAAGCAGAUAAAUGAACACCAGAUGCAAGGCAAACUUCCGUUUUCAGGAAAUGUCAACCGACCAACGUUUACUACAGUUCCGGAGAACAAGCCUUUGUUGCCAUCUGUUUGCCAUCCAAAUUCAACAUUAUAUACAACUCCAACAGAUCUUACUAUAUCUAGACCUUAUCUAUCCAAUGUUGCUGGUUAUAAUCCCUUAAACCACUCUAAUACUCCACCAAUACCACCAUUUGUACUCCCUCGUGGUUAUGAUAGUUUAAACAAUCAUAAUGUCUCUUAUAACCCAUUACCACCUUAUGAAAUAGCUACACAGAACAGAGUGCUGCCAUUUCCAAGAAACAAUGCACCCUGUUUAGUGCCACUUAGACACAGUUCUGAAGUAUAUAAACAUGGCCAAAUACCAGCUCCAACCAUGAUACCAGCUCAUGGCCUUGCCACCAACACGAAUUUGGCACCUUUGAGCCUGAGAAAUUCGAAUGAAUCAAGACGUUUUGAGGGUGUUGCAAAAUCACAUGUAGAGCAAAGUUUACCGACCCAAGGUAGUUUUGAUGUGAUGGGCAUGAAUCCUCAAUAUGAUGUUUAUGAUAUACCUGACAUAGUGAGAGGUCAGGGUUACAAUCCAACUAUACCUUACCCUGGGUUUCAGAGUGAUUCACCAAGUCAACUUCAUGCAAUUAGGAAACCAUCAUAUGCUAAGAAUGAAAUGAUGGAACGCUCAUCAGAUCUUGCCAAUAAAGAUUGGCCAUCAACUUUGAACAGAAAUGUCCCAUUUUUUGGGGACUGUAGUCUUCAACCAAGAAAUUCCAGUGGAGGUAGUUUUGAAGGUGAAAAAGCAGUUGUGGUUACAAACAGGGAACCAAUUACAGGCAAAGAUUAUGUACUAGAUACUGGAUAUCCUGUGAAUAAUGAAUCAUAUGCAAACAAAGGCUCUAUUGCUGGAAGCUCAUAUUUAUCUGAGGAUAAUGAGCCAUAUUUGCAUUCAGAAAGGAUGGAGGAAAGGUAUUCACCUAGCUAUGAAACAGACAACACAAUGUACGACAGGGUGGCCAGCUAUGAUAUGGUUGAAAAGGACAUUUCCAGAAGAUCAUAUUCUGCAGAUAGGAGCUCUUGUGAGGAUAUUCAACGUUACUCACAGUUAAAAACACGGAGUUUUGACGCUCGGGGAAGGCUAAAAGAGAGAAGCACGUCUACACAGGGUUACUCAAGGAGGUCAUCAAGAGAUAGAAACAGAAGUCGUUCUCCUGCUGAAAGACACAGAUAUUCCUCGUCACGAAAAAGUGUUGAAAGGACAGAACGAGAAAGAGAGCGACAAGACAGAAGAGAACGACGCCGGGUGUCCCCUGAAAGAAAACGAGACAGCUCUCGGGAUAAAGAAACAAGAAGUGAUACAUCGCUUCGUCAAAGAAGCGAAUCAUUAGAUAGGACCAGAAGCAAGAUAUCUGACAAUAAAUUGACAGAGGUGAAAGAAGAGAAGAGGACAGUUUCUUCGCCCAAAAGACCAAACGUUAAUGAUAAAGAUACUAGGCGUGCUCUCAAAUGUUUUGUGCUACCAGAGCCAAACAUAGAACGGAAAUUUGUUUACGAACAAUCUUCAAGAUAUUAUCAAGCAAGUUCAUCCUCUCAGAAGUCAACAAGUUCUGCAACCGAGAAAGUCGCGAAGUUGCACACGGAGUUUAAGGAGAUGCUUUCAAAAUCCCAGAACGUCGAGGAUUGUCCAGCUACCACGAGUGAAAUGACUGCGUUAGACCCAGUGCAAAACCCAGAGGAAGACAGCCAGUAUGUCUCCGAACUACUGAACAAAAAAGAUGAUGACGACAGCAGCGAAAGUGAGGUAGACCUAGAGGGUUAUGACGUUAUUGAUGAGUAUGAUAGUGAUGAGGAGAGUGAGGACGAUGGCACGCCUCUACCAACAAAGAUCAGGUUCAAGAAUCAAGAAUAUCCACGAAAGCUGCAUCCGGAAAUGUGGUUCAAUGUCGAGGGGGAGUUGAACCACGGCAAAGAAUGUCUCUGCAGUUUGAAAGAUAAAAAUAAAUGGAUCGUUCACAAUGUCUAUCCAAAUGAACAGUUGCCAAGACCAUGUGAAGCCAUGGGUAACAACGGAUUGCAGCUCUAUCACUACUGGGUCACUGUCUUUCCUCAUCCAAACUUCAUGACAGAAAAUCCUACAAAAAUCGAGUGCAAUGGCCGGACAUACACUUUCGAAGGAUUUUCACUUCUCUCUCAUUCUCCGCUUGGUGCUGUACCAAGAUGUUUUCUUACACGAUUCAACUUCAAAUACGAAGUUUUCUUCAUACAAGAACCAAUACCUACAAAUUUCUGUAUCAGGGAUCUUGAUCUAUUUUCGAACUUCUUAUUCAAGGAUAUUUUGGAGAUGCAUGAUUGGAAAAUUGAAAUGGACAAAGAAAGUGAAGAGCAUUGUAGUUUAUUCCAUUUCUUACCAAGAUUUACAAACAGAACUGGCACUUCCGAUGGAUGUGAGAAAUAUGAGCUCCUCUCGAUGAGAAAAGUGUUUGAAUACCUGAAAAUGAGCUUUGAACCUUUGAUUUCAGAGAAAACCUUAGCGAGUGAAGGAGAAUCUUGGAAGGAUUUUGUUUCUUCCUGCGUCAAUUCUGUGGUAACCAGACCCGGCUGGAAACCAAGUUCAAUAAGAAUUGAUGAUCUUGAACGUAGCCAGGAUAAGGACAAUCCUAAUCCUAUCAUUAUUCAUCAUGGUAUCCGACCUGUGCAACUCAGCUUUUCUGGGGAUCCAAAGUGUCAAAAAUUAAUGAAGAGUUACCUAAAGAUGAGAAUUUUAAUCAUGAACAAACCAGACGCCACACAGAAAGAACGACUUCAACUUAAAAAAAUGAAGUUGACCCUGGAUAACAUGAGGAUGAAGGAUUCACUUCGUCGCAAUUGCUGUGUUCGUGUAAGUUCAACUGGCAUGAUGAGAACAGGACUGAACUCCGAUAUUACCCAGCACGCUUUAUUGUUACCCGUGCUUGUUCAUCAUGUGAGAUAUCAUCUGAGUCUACAAUCCUUUGACGAGAAGAUUGGAUAUGUGUUUAAGGAUAGAGCUCUUCUGCAGCUUGCUUUGACUCAUCCGUCGUACGUGAUGAACUAUGGGACUAAUCCUGAUCACGCGCGUAACACGUUAUCAAACUGUGGAGUGAAACAACCUCGUUAUGGUGAUAGAAGGAAUCGCUUAAAUCAAAGCAGAAAGAAAGGCAUUGUUCGGCUCAUUGAUAUCAUGGCAAAACUUGAAGAUCUAGAUGGCAGUCAUUCUUUUAUCCAACAUAACGAACGACUAGAGUUUCUCGGUGACGCCAUUUUAGAAUUUGUCGCAACGUGUCAUCUUUAUUUUCUGUUUCCUGAUAUGGCCGAGGGAGGACUGGUAACCCACAGAUCUUCACUGGUGCAAAACAAGCAUCUUGCUCAUGUUGCCAAGAAAAUUGGAUUGGAUGAUUUUAUGCAGUUUUCUCAUGGGCCAGAUCUUUGUCAUCAAGAAGACAUGGAACAUGCAAUGGCAAAUUGUUUGGAAGCUAUACUGGGAGCUAUAUAUCUGGAUUCGGAUGUAAACACUGUGCAAAAAGUAUUCUGUAAACUUGCAUUUGAAGAAAGUGAACUACGUAAGCUGUGGUGUUCACUCCCCCGACACCCACUGCAAGAACAACAACCAGACGGAGACCGUCAAUUUAUUUCAUCUUCAGAUAUGCUAAAGAGGCUCGUGAAACUGGAAGAAGCUAUUGGCAUGCAGUUCAAGCAUAUUCGGUUGUUGGCAAGAGCCUUCACUCACCCGCAAGUUGGUUACAAUCAUCUCACUCUAGGAAACAACCAAAGAAUGGAAUUGCUCGGCGACUCUCUGGUUCAAUGGGUGGUCACGGCUUAUCUAUAUCGACACUUUCCUAAACAUCACGAAGGUCAUCUAACUUUGUUAAGAAGUUCGUUGGUAAACCGUACAAUCCAGGCUCAAAUCGCCGGUGAGAUUGGUUUGGAUCAGUAUGUCCACUUUGGAGUUGGACCGGGUGUACAAAAGAUACGACAAAAACAUAUGUCGGACUUGUUUGAAGCUUUCCUAGCCGCAUUGUUCGUCGAUAAAGGAAUUGAACCAGUUGAAGUUUUUUGUAAAGUGUGCCUCUUUCCAAGACUUCGGAACGUAAUUGUAAAUCAGGAGUGGAUGGAUUUCAAAUCUCAACUUCAAAGUUGUUGUUUGACCCAGUCACAAUUCUCUCACAAUGUUCCUAUUUAUAAAGUUUUGAAAGAUGUUGGCUCCCCGAAUAUGAAGCUAUACACAGUUGGAGUGUAUUUCAAUGGUAAAAGACUGGGAACUGGCUUUGGUGAUAGUAUUCGUGAAGCUGAAAUGAAUGCAGCUCAAAAUGCUCUUGCUACUAAUUACUUCCCGGAAUUCGCUCGUCAAAAACGCGUCCUUCGCAGAAAACACAACCAUCGAACAAAGAGAGCGAAGUAAAUUUUGCUGCAUGCCGUACGCAAACGUUGUGUGAUUGAUGAAUUUAUUGAAGAAAAAAUUUAAACUGAU